AUGGAAGCCACAAUGUCGCCCCUCCAGCGUGCGUUCAACGCAUUUCUGCUGACCAUGCCACCUGAACAGUUGGAGGAGCUGGUCAAGUACAUCCAGGACGGCAGACCCCAGGAAAUUUCUCAACCUUCUCAUGAAAACGAAAUUCUCCAAGCUCGUUUAGAGUUCAACACUGACAACAAUAAUGGAGCUGUAAUCCCUGCGAGUGCUAAUACUCGGUCCUCAACUUCGCGGGGAAAGCGUGGCUCAGAAGCAAAAAGACGGCCGCUGAACAAUUUCAUCGCCUUCAGAAGCUAUUACUCCAUUGUGUUCCCUGACCUCACUCAGAAAGCAAAGUCGGGCAUUCUUCGCUUCCUAUGGCAGAAUGAUCCAUUCAAAGCCAAAUGGGCAAUCCUUGCCAAAGCCUACUCCAUUAUUCGCGAUGACCACGACAGUAAUGUUUCUCUGGAAUCUUUUCUAGGCCUGAAUGCACAGUUCAUAGGCAUAAUUGAACCAAGUCGUUAUCUUAACGUCAUGGGCUGGCAACUGGAUGUCGACGAUCAGCAGCAAUACACCAUGGCUAGAGUUAAGGCGACGAGCUCAUACGAAGCCGAUACUUCGACCAACUACUCGGUCAAUGACAUAGUCAAACAUUGCUACACCACUGGCUAUGUCUCCAAAGGAAACCGAAAGAGCAAAGCAAUUUGUAACGGGAGCGCUCCUGUUAUGGCUUUUGCCACUCAGCCGACCUUGGUUGUCCAUAAAGACGACAGCAUCCGGGUCUCUGGCAACCAUACUAUUGUGACCGAUGUUUACAAAACGAAUUCAGCUAUGGAGAUAUCUUCGCCGGAGCAAAUCGAUGAUACACUCUCACCCAACACAAGCGACUUGAGCACAGUGGCUGAUGAAACUCCGCUCGGUGCAAUGGAAGUAGUUGGCACCUGCAACCGUCCUCAGCCUUUCCCAGAACCAGGUAUAAUAAGUGAUAUUGAUCUCGAUAACAUUGGUUUGCCAGGCUGGGGUGAGGAGAACGCUAUUUUGACCUACGAUGCGUCAUUGCAUACACCAAUGAUGCCCUAUGACCAGCUAUACUGCGACCCACUUGAGUCCUACGACUUCUCUCGCUACCUUGAUAUCUAA